ACGAAGCGGACGCCGCGCGAAUUCGAACGCGCGGACGCGCGUCGAGCCGCCACGCGAUUCCGAAGCGUGCUCGGUUUGUGCUUGAGUUUUUUCCGAGACUCUUUUGAAGAAAGAAUUUCAUUUCGGCGAAGCGAUCGCGUGGAUGCAACGCGUCAAGUUGGUUUACGCGCGAGUAAAUUAUUUCGCGUGCUUGCGGCACGAGUAAGAGGUUUUCGCUUGCCGAUUGAAAGCGAGUAGAGAGGUGUAUGUGUCCGCGAGUUGGUCCACGGCGGGGUAAGGAUAGUGAUUUUAAACGACCGCCAGAGAUUUAUGAGUGUCUGAACGGAAUGUUCCAUUCCCGGCAAGUGUUAACCAUUUCAGUAAAUAUUUGUCAGAAUUUUAUGGGAAUCUUGUGGUGUUAAGUGUAUCUUUAGUGUGUAAACAACGAAUCACACAUAUUUAAGCAGUGAAAAACAGUGUAUUUUCCUAAUACGUAUUGCCAAAUAUAAAUUUAAUUCGUCUAUUGGACGUGACUCUUUUAAUAUAUCUUUUCCUGACUAAGCAGAAAAUAAAAUAAAAUUUAAUAAAAGCUUCCUUACACAAAACAUGGAUUCCACGUAGAGAAUCGCACUCAGAUUAUCGAGAGAUCGCGUGGAGAACGGCAGAGGGAGAGGAAAGGGGUGAGAGACAAACGCCGUAAUCGUCCGAGGGCGGAGAAAGUAUCUGACGAAGUUUCAAGGUGCUUUCGUGGCAGUUAAAUCAGUGAGCGAGAUAUUCGAAGGAAACCAGUUGAUGAGAUAAGAAUCGAUUAACGACGAAGUAAUAGUGUGAUCUAAGAGGAAAAAUGUUUAAGUAGUUUGCCGAUAAAUGAUCAUCGAUGAUAACAUCGAUGUUAUGAGUAGGACGCGAGUAUAGAUAGAUAUGUCAAUUGCAAAAAAUAUCGAAUGUCGCCUUAACAAUCUGGAGUUAGCAUCAGCUCGAGAGAAUUAUUUAAAUCCAACACAAUAAUUAUAAUAAGCAAAAAUAGUGAUUGUCGGACAAGUCUUAUUUGUCUGUGAGAAUAAAUCACUUUCUCGAUACCGAGUGCAUUGACUUCAAAGACGCUCGUGCAAUUCGCGCUGAAUCUUUUCGUAUAGAAUGAUCAUUUCGUUCGAACCGAGGGCACGGAAGAAAAGGGAAGAGGAGGGCAAUGAGGAAGAGGGAGAAGGAGCGGCGGUGGUGGCGGCGCAGCAGCACGGCGUCGAAAAAGGAAAGCCACGCUGAUCAUCCACGACUGGAAGACCUCGGCGUUGCACCUUAGCGGACCUUAGCGCAACGGAGAAAGAGGGACGAAAGAGAGAAAGGGAGAGGAAGAGCGAAGAGGAGGAUACGGAUAGCGAAAGGGCAAGGAGGGCAAGAAGAAAAGAGAAACAAAGAGUAAAGGGACUGAGAAGAAGAAGCAGAGAAAGGAAGCAACGAAGGAGGAGAAAGGAAUCCAUAAAUUCACUUUUGUUUCCACAAAAUGCUCUCUUUCGCAAAACCAGGAUUACCGAGAUUCUUAUUGACUUUGCAAACUUCUCCGUAAAUUCUCGAUCGUAGACGCAUAAUACUUUUACACUUAUAACUCCUUUAUACCUCUUAUAUAGACCUUUGUGAUCCGCGAAUGCAUUCAUUAAUCUUUGCCACACAAAUGUGUAUUCGAUACCACUUAGAGAUAGUAUAAAUCUGCAGCCAUUCUACUUCCGUGAGUCGAGGUUGGUCGCGCUGCCUCAUGAGGCCCCUCACCUUCGAGAACCUGAGAAGGCUCGUGAGCCGCAAGAAGGACCGCAACGAGCCCUCCUUCAAGCGCAGCGAGUCCUUCAAGAGGAUUUCUAUUAGGAAGAGUUAUCUGGACCGGGGUAAACGGCGGAAUCGUCUCCAGAAGAAUCUGGAGCCUGUUGUGAAUUCUCCUCCGCAACCAACGACGAAUGAUAAAAUUGUUUCACAACAAAUCAAGGAGCAAGAAUUAAAAAAGGAUCAAGAGCAUUCCCUCAAUCGCGAUUCCAUUACCUACGACGAGUGGCUUCAAGGAGUCAGUUCCUCUUCCCGCGAGAAGCUUCACGAAGAUCAUCUCGAGUCCCUUCAGCAUCCUAAAACCAAAGCCACAAAACUUGCCAAGCAUACCGACACGGAUUCGGUUGCCGAGGAUCUGAAAAUUCUCGAGCUCGAUGCCUCGCCUAUUUUGACACCCAAAUCUAAAUUCUUCGGAAUCGUUGCGGAGCUAAGUCGAGACGAGACGACGAAUUCGCACGACACUCUUUGGACCCAAGAGUCCUCUGCAGAAGGAUCACUCAGUGUCAGCAUUAGUCUCGGUAGGAUAUGGAGGGAUGCGGUACCGGUUCCGGCCUCGGUUCCAAUAUCAUCGGCUCCUUCGUAUUCUUCUGUUUCGAAUUCUUCAGUUCAUCAUUCUCUCGACAGCGCUCUAAAGGAGAAGAAACCGCAGCCGACUGUCGCGAGAACGGUUUCGGCCCCAGAGAAGCCCGUCAGCAAGGAGACCUCGUCGUCGUCGUCUUUUGGCUUCUCUCUAAGGAUCGCUAGAUUCGCUGAUUUCAGACCGGGGGUGACGCGAAACGGUCUCUUUCGUCGGAAGACACCAAAGCCAUCGCCAAGCGUGAGCACUGAGGGCUACUUCAAACGAACGAGCGCGUCUAGACAUUCCAACUCUCGUCGCCGAAGUGGUAAGAGGACUUCUCAACGCGCUAGCAAGAAGAGUCAGCAACCUCCAGCUCGCACCAGCAGUCCGGUAUGGUUCGUCCCGCCCGAGAGACGUCGCUCGAGACGUCAACGACGAGUUUGGCGGGAGAUCAGAUACUUUCCCGAUGACGAGGGUCCGAUCCUGGAAAGGAUUAACGAUUGGUCGUCGAAUGUGUCAGACGAUCAGUUUGACGAUCAGAAGCUGUUGCUGUCAGGUGAUUUCAAUGAGCGUCGAGAAGAUGACACCUUGAACUCGAUCGUUUCAUCGUCCUUGGGCUCUUUCUCGGCGACGUCGUCCUCAUCGUCGGCUUGUCCGGCGCCAAAAAUUAGCGAUUUUAACGAGGAUAAGCUGUUCUCCGAGGAGCUAAGAACCAACGGUCUUCUGGUGCGCGGGACCACUUGGAAACUUUCGGCGACAACGACGACGACAGCGACAACGGCAACGACGAUGAUAUCAACUGCGGCGCCGACGAGAACCGUCAUUUCUGGAAAUUAUUUUGCCAGUAGUCAGUUUCUCACCUUUCUAGCCAAGGACGUUGUCAAGGAAAGGUCGAAAAACGAGAGCUCUAACACGGGCUACAGAUAUCUCUCGUCGACCGACAGUGAGGACGAUGACGCUGAUGGCUUCAACGAGCGCAGGAAAAAUUUUCCGCAGCAACGGCAGUAUUUAAAGAGGCAAAAAUCGGGACUUAGGAGGAGACCCUUGCGCCGAAAAUCGCAGUUGAGAAGAGCGUCCGGUCAACCGGUAUUCCUCGUGCGCAAAUGCUCAUCCUUGAGGAAACGUCCUAGAGAUAUUACGCAGAAGGGUUAUGAAAAGAAACGGACGCGUCUACUUCAGCAAUACGCCUCGAAGCAGAUAGGGGCUGGAAAUGGUGGUAUUGGUGGUGGUGGCGGCAGCGACGGCGGCGGAGGCGUCGUUGGUAGAGGGCUGGAGAGAACGGGUUACGGAAGCGGAGGAGGUGACGGUGGCGGUGAAAGAGGAGGAGGAGGAGGAGAAGGAGGCUAUGGUGGUGGCGGUCGACCGCAGCCACGUGCACGACGCACGCAACGGCGCGUCACGCACAACGAGAAGCGCUAUCACUCAGGCGGCCGACUAGCGCCCGGAGGAAUCGCCAGUCCCCCGGGUUCUGGUGGCUCCACAGGGAACAUUGGGAACUCGAACUCGGCUGCUGCAGCGGCGGCAGCGGCGGCGGCGGCGGCAGCUAGACGCGGUAAUCGCAGACUCACACGCAAUGAGAGCCGUUACCAUUCCGAGGUGCGCCAGGAGGCGGUGCAGCAAGCCUUGGCGGCGAUGCAGGGACGACCGAAGCCAUCCUUGCCAAUGCCGUCCAAGAGAACCUCCGUGAUGGCCAGAAGCCCCGAUCGGGAGAGACGCGACAGUGGCGAGUCCAGCAGCGACGAGGACAGUGUCGUCACCGAGGAGAGUCCGGGCGCGGGUGGCCCAACCGGCACUGGUCUGUCGGACACCAGCAGUACCGGUUCCGCUCGCGACACUCCACCGCCUCCCAGACCGCCGGCCAGGAGGCCGCCUGGUGCGGACAUCACCGACAUCGCCGAGUACACGCCGCACGCCUAUUGCAAUAUCCAACCACCGGACGUUACUCAUGUUACGAGCAGUACUCCGGUCGGACAACAACAAUCGGCGACGCGGCGGCCUGGCGCCGACCGGGUCAAUCGUUAUGCACAUGUGGUCGAAGAUCAGAACAGUACUGGCACCACCGGUCGCUGGAAGGUCUCCGCAAAGAUCCAGCAACUGUUAAACACGUUGAAACGGCCGAAACGUCGACCGCUACCAGAGUUUUACGAGGACGAUGACAUCGAGCUGGAGAUCGCGGCGAAUCCGAAGGAUCCAAAUGCUCCCAAACCCGAAGGCGGUUCUAUGACGUCGGCGACAGGCGAGGCGCUAUCGGUGCCAUCGGGUUUGCCACGAUCUCUCGAGGCCGCCAUUCAGAGGUAUGGCUCGGCGACGUACAAAGCACCUGUGGCUACCGUCCUGGAUCCUAAUGGCAAGCUUUGCGUAACGCUCACGUAUGGGAAACUGCUCAGUCGCUCUCACAAGAUUGCCUAUACCCUUCUGAAUAAGGCUCUAAGUCGCGGCGGGGAUUGCUGCCUGAAACCUGGCGACAGGAUCGCCCUGGUUUAUCCGAACAACGAUCCGAUCAGCUUCAUGUGCGCCUUUUAUGGCUGUCUUCAGGCCGGAAUCGUGCCAGUGCCCAUCGAAGUACCUCUGACCCGUCGUGACGCGGGUUCUCAACAGAUCGGUUUUCUCUUAGGAAGCUGUGGAAUCCAGGUGGCGUUGACUAGUGAAGCAUGCCUGAAGGGUCUGCCGAAGACGGCGGCUGGCGAAGUGGUAGCUUUUAAGGGCUGGCCAAAACUGCAUUGGUUCGUUACCGAGCAUCUAGGCAAAACGCCCAAGGAUUGGCUGCCACCACCACGGCUUACCGAUGACACCCCCGCGUAUAUUGAAUACACCACCGACAAGGAUGGCUCUGUGAUGGGCGUGACCAUUACCAGGGCGGCGAUGAUGUCCCACUGUCGCGCUCUCACGCAGGCCUGCGGCUACACUGAAGGCGAGAAUGCCGUCUGCGUGCUAGACUUUAAACGGGAAGUCGGCCUCUGGCACAGCACUUUGACUAGCGUGCUAAACGGCAUGCACGUCAUUUUCAUCCCUUAUGCUCUGAUGAAGGUUAAUCCCGCUAGUUGGAUGCAGAUGAUCACGAAACAUCGUGCCAGCGUCGCGGUUGUAAAAUCACGAGAUCUUCACUGGGGUUUAUUAGCAACUAAGGAUCAUAAAGACGUCUCUCUGGCAUCGUUGAGGUUACUACUUGUGGCAGAUGGCGCAAAUCCUUGGUCUCUUUCGUCCUGCGAUCAGUUUCUCUCAGUGUUCCAGUCUAAAGGACUCAGGCCGGACGCUGUCUGUCCUUGCGCUUCCUCGAGCGAGGCACUCACAGUUUCUGUGAGAAGGCCAGGACGCGCAGGAGUGAAUGCGACUGGUCGUGGAGUUCUUUCCAUGUCCGGCCUGAGUUACGGAGUUGUCAGAGUAGAUCAGGAGAAUUCCCUUACGUCAUUGACGCUGCAGGAUUGCGGACAAGUCAUGCCUGGAAGUGUAGUAGUCGUCAUUAAGAUGGAAGGACAGCCAUUUAUUUGUAAGACGGAUGAAGUGGGUGAAAUAUGCGUACACAGUGCAGCUACUGGUAGCCAAUAUUGGGGCCUGCAAGGGCUUACCAAUAAUACCUUCAAGGUAUCGCCCUUACAAGUCGACGGUGCUGCCUUGGGUGAAGUAGAAUACACGCGUUCCGGCUUGUUGGGUUUUCUUGGUCCUGGAGGACUCGUGUUUGUCUGCGGAUCGCGGGACGGUCUCAUGACGGUGACUGGCAGGAAACACAAUGCCGACGACAUUAUCGCCACUGUCUUGGCAGUAGAACCAAUGAAAUUUAUCUAUCGUGGUAGAAUCGCCGUUUUCAGCGUGCGAGUUCUUAGGGAUGAAAGGAUAUGCGUCGUUGCCGAACAACGGCCUGAUUGCAGUGAGGAAGAGAGCUUCCAGUGGAUGUCUCGGGUGCUGCAAGCAGUCGACUCAAUCCAUGCAGUAGGGAUAUAUUGUCUUGCCUUGGUACCUCCAAACUAUUUGCCCAAAACGCCACUGGGUGGUAUUCACCUUUCGGAAACGAAACGCCGCUUCCUCGAGGGUGCCCUCCAUCCGGCUAAUGUGCUCCUCUGUCCUCACACAUGUGUCACCAAUUUGCCAAAACCGCGCGAAAUUCAUUCAGCGGGGGAUUCUGUUGCAGAUGUCGGUCCAGCCAGUGUUAUGGUAGGGAACAUAGUCCAGGGUAACCGAUUAGCCUCUGCGCAGGGACGAGAUAUGGGUAUCCUAGACGAGGAUAGUGAUAAUGCCAAAAAGUACCAAUUUAUCUCUGAAAUUCUACGGUGGCGCGCUGUUAGUACUUCGGACCAUGUGAUAUUUACGUCGUUAAACGCGAAGGGCACCGUCGCUACCUCAUUGUCCUGCUCGCAGUUGCACAAGAAGGCCGAGAGAAUCGGGAAUCUACUCUUGGAUCGAGGAAGGGUCAAUACCGGGGACCAUGUAGCGCUAAUUUUCCCACCUGGUACCGAUCUGAUAUGCGCGUUUUACGGUUGUUUGUAUGUUGGCGCUGUGCCGGUAACCAUCAGGCCACCUCAUCCGCAAAAUCUCCAAACGACCUUGCCGACUGUUCGCAUGAUUGUGGACGUCAGCAAAUCCGUCCUCGUGUUGACUAACCAGAACCUCCUCAAGUUGUUGAAGACAAAGGAAGCGAACAACGUGGUCGACGUGAAGAGUUGGCCGAUGAUCCUAGAUAUGGACGACAUGCCAAAGAAGAAGCUACCGGUGAUGUAUCGGGCGCCCACCGCGGAGAUGCUGGCCUAUCUGGACUUCAGUGUUUCGACAACGGGCAUGCUCGCCGGCAUCAAGAUGUCUCACGCGGCGGUCACUUCGUUAUGCCGUGCCAUGAAAUUGGCGUGCGAGCUCUACCCCUCCAGACACAUCGCUCUCUGCCUGGAUCCGUACUCGGGUCUCGGUUUUGCCUUAUGGUGUCUCAGCAGUAUAUAUAGUGGACAUCAUUCUAUACUGAUACCACCAUCCGAGGUGGAAGCUAAUCCUGCACUCUGGUUGUCGGCGGUCAGCCAAUCCAGAGUAAGAGACACGUUUUGCUCGUACGGCGUUAUGGAGCUGUGCACUAAGGGACUCGGCUCCUCGGUUCACGCGCUCAAGGCACGAGGCGUCAGCCUGGCGUGCGUGAGAACGUGUGUUGUCGUCGCCGAGGAAAGGCCACGGAUAGCGUUAACGACGAGUUUUAGUAAGCUGUUCUCCGCACUCGGUCUGAGCCCGCGCGCGGUCUCCACCUCAUUCGGUUGCAGAGUAAACACUGCCAUUUGCUUACAGGGAGCAUCCAGUCCAGAGCCUUCGACAGUUUAUGUGGACCUUCGUGCAUUACGUAACGACCGAGUAUCCCUGGUGGAACGAGGCAGUCCGCAUUCUCUGUGCUUGAUGGAAUCGGGCAAAUUGCUGCCCGGCGUGAAAGUAAUCAUUGCGAAUCCCGAAACCAAGGGUCAAUGCGGCGACUCGCAUCUAGGCGAGAUCUGGGUACAGUCGUCGCACAACGCGAGCGGUUACUUCACGAUCUAUGGCGAUGAGAGUGAUUACGCUGAUCACUUCAACGCGCGACUGGUUACUGGCAAUACGAGCGAGGUCUACGCGAGGACCGGUUACCUUGGUUUCCUGAGAAGGACCGAGAGCGUUCAACAGUCGGUGAUUAGCGACGUACCCGGUGAUACUAACAAUGUGCCCGAGGCUGAUCUCGUACCAAGCGAUCCAGAACUUCAUGAUGCCGUAUUCGUCGUUGGUGCUCUCGACGAGGCCAUCCUACUACGAGGUAUGCGCUACCAUCCGAUAGACAUCGAGAACAGUGUCAUGCGGUGUCACAAGAAAAUCGCAGAAUGCGCUGUGUUUACAUGGACCAACCUUCUAGUGGUAGUGGUAGAAUUGGACGGUAGCGAAAGCGAGGCCCUCGAUCUCGUGGCUUUGGUGACGAGCGCCGUGCUCGAGGAACACCAUUUGGUGGUUGGCGUGGUAGUUGUAGUGGACCCCGGUGUGGUACCCAUUAAUUCGCGCGGUGAGAAGCAACGGAUGCACUUGCGCGACGGCUUUCUCGCGGACCAGCUCGAUCCUAUCUACGUGGCGUACAAUAUGUGAACGAGUGUGCGAGAAAAAAGUUCUCACCCUCUCCGUAUUCCGCACUCCCCCUCGCCUACAGUUCUUAUCCGAUAUAUCGAGGCUGCAGUGGAACUUCAUUCGCGAGGACAAUUUGCGCCAAAUAUAAUGAUGAAGCAAGUAACUUUAGCAAGAGUUCUAACUUUCAUCUGUUUUAUUUGAUUUCUUACGAGAGUUUUACCGAGGCAUAAACACUACUCUAAAAUUUCCAAAUCCGGAAUCUGUGGAUUUGAUUGUUAGAUUGAUAAUUUCGUGAACUUUUAUUUUUAUAGAUCUCUUUUCAUAGAUCCUUAUCCUGUGGAAUACGUACUUACCAGCAUCCGUUGUAAUCCUCCAUUGCCCUCUUAUGAAGUGAAUGCUCAGUUUACAUUUUAUUUUUUUAAUUGCAUGGAUGACAUAAAAGUUGAUUCUAAAACUUUCAAACUUUUUAUUUACAACCUUCUAGAUUAUAUUUGUAUAGCUAUUUUCUAAUAUUUUGUUAGUACAAUUUUUUUAGAUUAGAUUUUGAAAGUGUUAGGUGUGAUAUAUCUGAGCACGGCGCUCAUGGCGAGAGUAAAUACAUACAGUCGACAUUAUUGUCAAACCUAAGCUUUACUGUGGUAGAUUGAUAUCUCAUCCUCUUGUUCUUAUAAGACUGUGUUAAUCUGAGAAAACUAUAUGGUAAUGCCGUACUAAUAUACAGUGACACAUACAGGUGCGGCGCGGCGCUCAUACGAGAGCACUAACGUUCGUUUGAUGAACGAGGGCAAUGGAGAGUUAAUCAGUAUCUGCGCACAAGAUUUGUUAUUUUGGAUUGAAAGAUUGAAGUAAAAAGCAAAUGAACAAAAAUAGCGUGAUAAAUGAAGUUCUACUGUAUGUAUUAAAAAACGUUAAUGCACUCCAGCAAAUAUUACUGGCAAAAGGUAUGUAUGUACAAAGUUGAAACACUUUUAAACUGCCACAAAUCCUUGGAACUGAUUAAAUCGAAAAAUCAGUAUUACAUACGUAUAUUAUAUACAAUAAAAAUCGAUGAUAAAUCAUACAAUCGACGAUAAAUCGUGAAUAUAAAUCGGUAAACAUAAAUUCGCAGCUCACUAAUCGCUCCGGCUAAUCGAUAUCCGGCGAAAUUUUGUCGCGAAAUAUUUAUGCAUCUUUCAAUUGUCGACAGUUUUGUGAUCUAUUUCUACAAUGUUGAAACUGCACAACGAUUGUAUUUAACUUCGCUCCAUUCAAUCCUUGUACUUGUAAAAAUGAAGGAUGCAUGAAAAUUUCGGCAGUAUUAGGCGACACGCACAAAAAAAUCAGUUUUAUACAAUUCAAGCCAAAGUCUUUGUACGUUAUAUCGUAACACGCGCGUGACAUACUGAUGUACUUUUACAUUAGUUACAAUUUCGCCGCGCGAAACAGCCCCUCUCGUUGACGGAAACAACGAAAGAUUUCGUCGCGAAGGCAAUUUGACAAUAUUGUUCGUUUACAAUCAUCUUUUAUGAUUGUUAGUCAUACGUAUUUUUAUUAUUGAGUAGCAGUCGAAUUUAAUAAUUAUUCGGAAUCUUGGUCGGGAUUUUGAUUCUCCCAAAUUCUCCCAAUUUUACCCGCACAAACGAAUAUAAUUACUCGAACUAGCUCAAGCUCGCGUACAAGGAUGUAGAUAUUCUGCGUAAUAUCGACUUUAGGGCUUUCAUGUUUUUUGAAUUUUUAUUAUUUAUCAGAAAAUUGGAAAUGUUAAUCAGACAGCAUGGCCUACUACUAAGACAUAAAGAUAAAAUUACAGAUGAUUUUAGUAAAAAGAAUAAAAAUUAAUGGAAAAUUUAA